AUGGGUGCCGUGGGGCUGGCUCUGGGACCCUGUGGGGUUAUCUGGGGUCUCACCCCCCAGGCCCCUCAGGUGCUGUCGGCGCUGGAUAUCCUGCAGCCCCCGAUCGACUGCUUCGAGGAGAUCUACGUGCUGACGGAGCUGAUGCAGAGCGACCUGCACAAGGUGAUCGUGUCCCCCCAGCCACUGAGCGCCGAGCACAUCAAGGUCUUUCUCUACCAGAUCCUGCGCGGGCUGAAAUACCUGCACUCGGCCGGCGUGCUCCAUCGGGACAUCAAGCCGGGGAACCUGCUGGUGAACAGCAACUGCGUCCUCAAGAUCUGCGACUUCGGGCUGGCGCGGCUGGAGGAGCCGGACGAGGGGCAGCCCAUGACGCAGGAGGUGGUGACCCAGUACUACCGGGCCCCCGAGAUCCUCAUGGGGACCCCCCACUACGGCCCCCCCAUCGACCUCUGGGCCGUCGGCUGCAUCUUCGCCGAGCUGCUCGGCCGGCGCGUCCUCUUCCAGGGCUCCAGCCCCAUCCAGCAGCUGGACCUGAUCACAGACCUCCUCGGCACCCCCCCGCCCCACGCCCUGCGCUCGGCCUGCGAGGGGGCCCGGACCCACGUGCUGCGGGGCGCCCACAAACCGCCCGCGCUGUCCGUGCUGCACCUGCUCUCGGGGGAGGCGACCCACGAGGCCGUUCACCUGCUCUGCCGCCUGCUGGUCUUUGACCCCGCGCGGCGGCUCUCGGCACGGGCGGCGCUGGCUCACCCGUACCUGCAGGAGGGGCGACUCCGCUACCACACGUCCAUGUGCCGCUGCUGCCACAGCCUGGGCUCGGGGCGCGUCUACGCCAGCGACUUCGAGCCCCCCGCCAGGGCCCCCCGCUUCGACGACGCCUACGAGCGGGGCCUGCGCUCCGUCUGCCAGGCCAAAGAGCUGGUUCACAGCUUCAUCCUGGAGCAGCAGAAGGGGGCGCGGGUCCCCCUGUGCAUCAACCCCAACUCCGCCGCCUUCAAAACCUUCAUCCGGUCGACGGCCUGGCAUUCGUCGAAAGCUUCCAAGAAGGACGAGAGAUGAAGGCGGCUGGAGGCAGCUUUGGGGUUCGGGGGUGGCCAGAUGGAAGGAGAAAGGGGGGGGCUGGAGCCCGCCGGCCACAGCGGGACGGACCCCGAAUCGCCUGCUGAACUGCUGGGGAAAA